AUGCCUGACCUUAAUUCAGUCCCACCUUCUCCCCACGUCCUUGCGGCUUCUCGAAAUCCUUCUUCCAAUCAUAAUGGGCAAUCACAUACCUCGGUACCUCCAACUCCUAUGUCCCCUUCUCUAAACAUCUUACCUUCGAAUCAACAGACUGUCAACCGAACAUCCUCGAUUUCUCUUUCGUCACCACCACUUCCAGGAACUCAUACCAUGUCUGCUCCGCAUUCUGCUCCUGGACGGGACGACACUGGCGUCGGUGCUGGUCCAGGUCCUUUGCGACAUCCGCGACCCUUGACGGCUGCAGAGCUGCAUUCGCAGCUGGAACAGGAGCAAGAACUCUUGGUGAACCGCUUGAGCCGCGACUUGGUCAUGCUGCGAGCUGCACAGAACUCGUCUGUAGCCUCUAAUGCUUCGUCUACGAGCGCAUCGACCUCUGCCGAUCAGACCCACCCCUCCUCGUUCACCGAUACUCACCUCCUAUCCGGUCCGGGAUUCCCUCUCCCAACGACAAGCGCAGACCGUCGACAUCAUCGGACCAAUUCAAGUGCCAGUACACGCAGCCUGAACCAGUCUGCUACCAUCCAAGGCUCGAUGCCUGCUCCGAUACCAAUCCCGCAACCCCACUCCGGGAGUGCUGCUUCGGUCUUAGAAGCGGCACGAAAUCCUCGAGCGGCACCGGGAAUGAGUCGACAGAACAGCACCGCUUCUCAGAGAAGCCAAAGUCGAAACCAUUCACCCCACCCGUAUCAUGCUAGCACUAGUCUAGGUUCUUCAUACACUCAGUCACAUGGCGUCCCAUACGACUAUGGAUCCGGUUAUUUCCCUCGAGGUUACACGUCUUCUAACACGAGCGUGGCAGCUACUCCCGGCUCGGAGCUUUCGCCGGGACUCUUGCCGGCCACUCUGCGCUACGAGGAGACAGCUCACUAUCGACAAGAGUUAGAGUCGGCUAAACGUGAGAAUGAAAAUCUCAAGAGACGGAUUAAGGAGUUAGAACGGGCUCUGCGGGAUCGCCGACAGAGCGACUCCGGUCGCGCUAGCGGUGGAAGGGACCGAAGCGAGAGCGCCAGCACUACAGCCAGCGUCAGCGUCAGCGGCGCGACCGGAAUUGGAGGUGUCAUCGGGGGUGGCACUACUAUAGCCGGAGACCGGCGAGGAGAGCGUAGAGUUAUCGAGCGGGGCAUGAGUAAUUUGAGUAUUUCUGGGAGCAUCGGAGCUGGUGUCCCUGAAGACGAGGUUCUGGUAGGCGAGAGCGCUGCAAGCGGUGGUUUACCAGUGGCAGGAGAACAGACUCGGGACGCAAAGUAG